AAAGUUGUUAGAUGCAAUAAAGGGCAAUCAAACACCGGAUAAGGUAAAAAUCAACACUAAAAAUGGAAAUUAUUUACUUUUUAAGUUAUUUUGAUAUAUUUAUUGGAAGACUUUAUAUUUUCUUUUGGAAAAUUUUAAAGGUCGGCGACACAAUGUUAAAAGGCGACUUACAUAGUGAUGGUGGGAUUUAUCAAGGCAAUCAAAGUGGCGGUACAGUAAAGCUUUCAACCAAAGAGAAUCAAGGUGGUGGUGCCACUUCCGCGCAGAGGAGUCAUCCAGUGGUUGAGGGAGUUGGGUUGCCAAUUAAUGAUCCGGUUUACGUUGUUGAUGUGGAUAAAGAAAUCGGAGUUAAAAGUGAUGCACAAACGGAUGGAGUGCCCAUAACACCAAUCCAUUUAAAUUUUGAUGAAUCUCAGCAAAUCGGCGAUAUGGAGAAUGCUAAUCUUUGAAUUUACCGCAUCGAGAGGAAAUGGUAGCGGACUUGCUAAUCAGCGCCCUUUUAGCAUGUGUUAUUCCUCUCGGUCCUCCUCCG